AUGUCGCGCACUCUCGGUUUCAGCGGUGGGAGCCCGUCUCCUGCCUCCUUGGCAGAAGCCUGCAAACUCGCCUGGCACACAUUUUAUGGCAUGCAGAAGGCCUCCGAAGACUUUGAAAACCUCCGCUUCGAAGUCUGGACCAUUGCCAUCAGCCUCGACUCCCUGCACAGCGUCGGGAGCACUUCAUUACUCAUAGAUCGUCAGCCCGACCACAAACGCUGGGCCUUGACCUUCUCCAAAAUUCUCACCUCGUUGAACGGUGCCUUACGACCACUCUAUAACCUGGUCAAGCUGUACCUGUCAACGUCGACUCGGGAUCGUGCCGCGGUGAAGCAAUGGCUUGUCCACACAGACAUGAACUACGAGGGCCUCACCGUCCAGGAUUUCCGGAGGAAACUGUCCAUGCUGGUCGAGAGUCUCAAUGUGUUUCUGUCCAGUCUGACGCAUGCCGAACUCGCUCGGGCGCGAGCCACCAACGAAACGGAGGAAUACAGAGUCCUGUCUGAAGUCACAAGGAACGUCCUCCAGAAGUGGGACCAAUCCAGGUCGGCCACGGUGGCCCACGACCCCAAUCGGGCGACCAUGACGGUCGGGACGGCCGCCUUCGUCAACGACAACCUGCACGAAAACAGCACGCCUUCGCUACGUAUGAAUUCCGCCCGACCCAGAACGCAGGACGAAUACCCCACCCUCUGGCCGACCCACCAGAGGGCGGAGCAUCACCACGACCCCGGGCACCCUGGCGAGACGUUGAACCUCGACGGCAUUGAAACCGGGUUCCGCAAGCACAUGAACGCCAUGCGCCGCAUCCGCGAGCAGCUUCGCCUCCAGAAGGAGAACAAGCACCAUCUAUCCGACCAGACGUCGACCCAUUUCCCCGAAGUGCACGGUGAAACACCCAUGACGCCGAUCACGCCUUCACAUCGCACGAUGCCCGACCCCAAUGCUUCGUCAGAACUGGCAUCGGACCACGGCUACGCGUCGAGCAGUGGGACAAGCUCAGUACAGACCUCCGAAUCCGGCAGUGUGAUUUCUGGCGGUGGCGGCCAGGAGGACGGGCCGAGAAGCCCCCUCCCAGCAACGACGACGGCCAACCACACGCGGUCGUCGUCGGGGGAUCUCGGGCGGAAGAGAGUGCGCACGCAGGACCUCCACCUCGGCCAGGACAGCGACGACUGGCAGCGGCAUCGCAAACCGCGUAAAACGGCGUUGGAGGAGAUGCUCACUGCCGCCUUGUUCUUCGACAGUUGA